AUGGCUCCCCAGCAGUACCUCGACUUGUGCCACGACAUCCGUAGUCGCCUCGUCGACAAGCUAGAGAGGAAGGACUCUGAAAGCUUGCGGUUUGCCACCAGGAGCACGGCAGAAGCUGUGCUUGAGUCUCACUUCCUGCGUCUCUUCUUUCAAAGCAUCGAGUUGCAGCCAGCUACGCUCACGGAAGAUCAAUUCGUCGAAAAUAUCCAGUCAAGACGCCUUCACAAAUUCAUCGCCAUCAUCGCAUAUGCAAGUUGCAGCGUUCGCGCCGCCAGGACAUUCACGACUAAGCUUGCUGCUGCUGCUGUGUGGCCGAUUCCCACCAGCCAGGAGCGCAUCAGGGAUGUCGCAUCACUGCCAUCAGAUCGUGAGAGCCUGAAGGUUUUCUUCGGCGGCAACGAUUCUAAUGAUGCGGAUAAGUUCUUUGGAACGCAGGCGAUCUUCUGCACUGUCGUGCUUCGUCAGAGAGAGGAGAUGACUGUGAAAGACCGUGAAACCCAACGACUUCCUUACCUUGAGGAAGAGCUCUUGGGCUCAGGAUCAUUCGGGAGGGUUUUCAAGGUCAAAAUCGCCAAGGGGCACAUCGAAGAUCGUCACACCGACGAGGUAUCCAACAAACCAAGAUGGGUAGCGCGCAAGGACUAUAUCGUGGAGUCUCCGAUGGACAGUGGAUCUCGAGACGAAGGCGACAUCAUGAAGAUGAUUCUUAGUGCCUCCAAGACUUGCGAAAAUAUCCUGGAAAACCUUGGAACCCUCCGAGUUGACUCCCCGUUGGGGGCUAGUCCGGCAACAUACAGUCUUUUUAUGCCGCUGGCUGCUUGCGACCUCGGUGCGUACAUGAAAAAGGACAAAUCAACGACGAUCAAGACCCCGAAAACCAGAGCUAGUCUCAUUCGCUCCGCCAUGGGUCUCGCAACCGGGCUCAGUUUCCUUCAUCACGAACUCCAGACCUCCGACUUCGAUGACGUGGUCUGCUACCAUAUGGACUUAAAACCUAGCAACAUCCUUGUUUUCCAUGACUCCAGUUCUGGCCAGGAACGCUCGAUCUGGAAGUUGAGCGACUUCGGCAUGUCGCGAGUCAAGGUUCGGCGGCGAAACCACGCCGAACACGAAGAACGAGAUAUCAGCGUCUGGUUCAGACCGCGGCGGCAACCAAAUGAGGAAGCUCCUUCCGGAACGCAGAACCGACGUGGUCAAGGGACCUAUCUUCCGCGCGAAUCGUUCCUCGCGGGAAAGUUGAUGAACACCAAGAGCGAUGUUUGGUCUCUCGGUUGUGUCCUCAGCGUGUUUUUUGCAUAUCUUGAAGGCGGCUCAGAAAGCGUCGCGGAGUACGUGAACGACAGACUGAAAGAUCGCAGAGGCACCGACGAAGGCUUCGAUGGGUUCUUCUCGGAAAAUUCUUUCGGGAAGUUUACAUUACACCCUGCCGUGAAAGACUGGCAUCGUCGACUGGCCAAUAAGGCGGGCAAUCGGAGUCCAGCGGAAAAGAAGAUCGUGCAAACUAUACUCAGCUUUCUCCAAGACAAGGCACUAAACUUGGACCAGCAAAAUAGGUGCACUGCAAGGGAUGUAGAAAAGGCGCUGAAGGAGACGAUGAACGCAUAUCGCAAGUUAGAGAACUCUCAGGCCGCCGACGAGCCCAGCAGGUUUCGAAGACCUUCCUUCAUUGACAGGUUUCGAAGCCCUCAAUCAGACACGACGACUCCUGUUGACCGUUCGAUUCAGCAGUGGCGUCUGCCUCGAGAUGUGUUUGACGACUUGAAGGGCUGUAAGAUUGCCCCCAAGGGGACUCUGUUGGUUUAUUGGAGUGAUACUAGGCUUUUUCUUUUCACAUCUCUCUCUGCUGCACGCGACGAGGAAUCCACCAUCAGUGUAGCAGACGACUACUCGCCGGUAGGCUCGACGUUCUUCUGGAAAUCGGUUGCCUUGACUGAGAGAUAUUUGAUUGCCACAACCACGGGGGGUACAUUUAAUUGCUAUAUAUUUGACCUGGAAGCCGGAAAUUCAGUAGACGCAGACUUGAAGACGUGCUACCGGGUGUCACUACCGUUCCCUGAGAUAAAUAAUCUGUCCAUUUCACCAGAUCACCAAAACAUGGUCUGCACACUUCAAGACAUGGAGAACGAUCGGCUGCCGGGAUCACUGUUUCAAGCAAGAGUAACGGAGCUCAUAGAAUCGGGACAAAAGCUUAACACCGAAACAUCCGACUGGGGAUCCAACGGGACCAACACGCCUCUCAACUUUCCCCAGCCUACAAAGCUGAGUUGGCCGGCCGAGGAUGUCAUCAGCAUAUCACUGAGGAGCCAAACAGAUGGCUAUAUGGUGUUGCGCCCAGAACUGACUCAGUACGAUGCACAUCAAGUUUCCAUCAUCUCAUUCUCUCUAAGAACCAAAGCGAUCGAUAGGUUCGACCUCAAACCCCAGGGAAUUGACAGCAACACGGCUCCCUUGUUCACGGCCUUCUCGGAGCUGCACAAUGAGGCCGCAUGCAUGGUCAUCGCUCGCGAAAGACAUAUUUACAAGCUGCGGUUUUCCAGCGGCCAGAGCGGCGACAGUCGAAAAGAGUUACACAAAAUCAUUGACAAGUAUCGCAUACUAAAAGUCAUGGUCAGCCAAAAGGACGACACGCUGAUUGCUCUGGGGACCAAGAGAGCAAACCACAGAAUCAUCUUGUUGGAGAUCAAGAUGCCUACAUCGAAGGACCCCAUUUCCUUGAGCGAACUGGCACCGAUUCCUCAACUCUUUGAUUACGACGAAUUCACCGUCAGAUUGAUCGAUGCUGAGGGUAAACGUCACCUUCUCAUCGCUGCCCUCGUCGACAUCAAUCGCUAUGCCAUACACAAAGUCAUUCUAUCUGGGAUGCAGUCUGCAACGACUAUUAGAACAUAA